UGCAUAUAGAGUCGCUGUCAUAGUGGCAUGACAGUAGCCUGUCCCUGAUCUUCCGCACCCCUGCUAAGGGAUAGCUCUAAAAUUAGCAAAAAUAAGUUUUAUUCUCGCCAAAGCUGGAGGUAUUUUGUAAAUUAAAUGUAAAAACGAAUUGAUGCAAGACAGUUUUCACGAAGAUAGAGGGGGGGUCACACGAGAAGAAGGAAGUGAUAUUGCAAAACGAGUCGCUGCCUCUCUGUCUGUGAAAGAACAGAACAUUUGAAAAGAGAGAAGAGAGCGGACGCAGGGAAGCCCGGAGACAUGUCGCUGAAGCUGCCUCGGAACUGGGAUUUCAAUCUCCGAACCGAAGCCAGUAGGAUAGCUCGCUCCAAGAGCCUGAUGCCCGGGGAGCCCUUCUCUGGCAUGGGCCACCCUGUGUCCCCCAGCACCCUGGAGAGACCCCUCAAGACGGGCUGGCUGAAGAAACAAAGGUCCAUCGUGAAGAACUGGCAGAUGCGCUUCUUCGUGCUGAAGGGACAAUACCUGUAUUACUACAAGGAUGAGAAGGACAGCAUGUUCCAGGGUUCCAUCCUUCUGCAAGGCAGUCAGGUGAACGAACUCGCUUCAAACCCAGAGGAACCUGGCAAGUUCCUGUUUGAAAUCAUCCCGGGCAGCUGUGGGGACCGGGAGCGCACAAGCCAGGACUCCCACGUACUGAUGGCAAACUCUCAGAAUGAGAUGGAGGAGUGGGUGAAAACCCUGCGCAGAAUGAUGGGCGUGCCCGCCAGCGGAGCAGUGUUUGGGCAGAGUCUGGCUGACACGGUAAUGUAUGAGCAGAAGUUUGGCCAGCACCUCGUCCCCAUCCUGGUGGUGAAGUGUGCGGAGUUCAUCCUGGAGCACGGACUCAGCGAGGAGGGGAUAUUCCGCCUGCCAGGGCAGGACAACCAGGUGAAGCAGUUCCGAGACACGUUCGAUGCAGGCGAGAGGCCCUCGUUCCCCAGUGACACCGAUGUCCACACGGUGGCGUCCUUGUUCAAGCUAUAUCUCAGAGAGCUGCCCGAGCCUGUCAUCCCCUGGUCACAGUACGAAGACUUCCUGAACUGUAGCACUGAGGGAGAGGUGGGCCAGGAACAGCUAGAGAAUCAGAUUGCCCUUCUCCCCAGGGCAAACUACAGCCUUCUCAGCUACAUCUGCAGGUUUCUGUACGAAAUACAGCUGAACUCCAGCGUCAACAAAAUGAGCGUGGAGAACCUGGCAACCGUAAUUGGGGUCAAUCUGCUGAAGCCAAAAAUUGAAGACCCAGUAACCAUCAUGAAAGGCACGCCCCAGAUUCAGAAGGUCAUGACGGUGAUGAUCAGCCGACACCAAGAGCUCUUCCCCAAGUCCAAAGACGCCACCCCCGCGUCACCCCUGCAGAAGAGCGAGAGCAAGAGGUCCAAUGCCCCGCGCAGCUUUGUGGGCUGGGACGUGGCAGAGGACCCUAGCAGCGGCAAGGAAGACACGAUUCGGACUGUCUCCACACAUCAGCCGUUCAGUAGUUCAGGACAAACCCCCACAAACACAGAGCUGAACAACGAUCAAGCACUCUCAGAGUCUGUGGAGAACCUGUCCUCCCCCUCCUGUAGUGCUGCUGAGGGUCCUGGGAUCCAGUCCACCGACAGGGGAGACCUCUGGACAGCCAGCCCUCGCAAGCGCACCCAGACCCUGCCCUCCCGCAAGCCUUCCUUCGGCUCUCAGGGGGAGGCGGAGGGCGGCAGAGCUGGGGUCCUAAACGAAGACAUGUGGAACCUCCUGGGGACCUCCCCUCCCAGCUCGGACCCCGAUAAAAGGACCCUAUCGGAGGACAUUUUCAAGAUUUUGGACCUCCAGCGGGUGUCGCUGUUCCCAAGCUCUACGAUGACAGGCGAGAACGAUUGUAGCGCCGCGAAUGGGCCGGUAGGUAAAGUCACAGAAGCAGCAGGCAAACAGACAGAGAUCUGUUCCUUCACACCCAAGAGCCUCGCUCUCCAGACGAGAGGACUGAAGAGCCUACGGGCGACGGAUGAAGAUGAGAACAAGGCAGGGGGUCAAGAAGUACCAGGGAACUCGCUGCUGGGGAGAGAGGUGGAGCUGAGGAAAGAAACAGAGAGGCAGAAGUCUCUCUAUGAGGCUCACAUCAGCAGCCUGGAGAAGACGAACUGUGAGCUGUCUGUCAAGGUGUCGGAGCUGCGCGAGUCGCUGGCGGAGGAGAGGAAGAGGAGCUCCGCUCUAGAAAUCCGGCUCCGGAACGUGGAGUGGGCCAGGGAUGAAGCGGAGAAACGCAACAAAGCACUGGACAAGGAGAUCCAGGAAUUCCUCACCAAGACCCCAGCCUCCUAAAGGAAAAUCCAUCCUUCGGAUGAGACAUUAGGUCCUAUUGGAAGUGACUCUGCAGCAGCAGUUAUUGAUGCAUAGUUCACCCCCUAGUCUCUGUAAGUCGCUGCAGAUAAAAAGCAUCUACUAAAUGACUCAUUAAUUAAUUCAAGGAAAGACCGGUCCUGGAGCAGUUUGUAAGCUUGGGAUCUUAAGGCUGUCAUAUCAUUUCUAUACACUUGCCGGUGUCGUGUUAAGAUGUUCCUUGUGGUCAAAAAUUGGGACUAAACGUGACUGAAAGCUAUGGGUCUCCAAAAACACCUUCCACCCAACAGCAGAGGAGAGGGAGCAAGUCUCAGCCGCACAACAUCACACAUCUUAAGAAACAGGAUGAGGUCUCUCUUUGUUUCUCCUGGAAUCCCUUUCUUGUUUUUCUCAUCAUAAUGACCCGUCUCCUCUCCAAGACCAGAGAGUGCAGAACUCGGUUGUGGAACUCUAUUCCAGUUACCGUUAGGCAGGUUGAAACGCUGGAUUCUUUUAUGUCUAAACUCAAAACCUAGUAUUCUGAAUGUGCUUUUUAUACAAUGGGUUGUAGCUGGAGUGAGUUGUACACACGAGCGCUCGUUUCGUUUUUUAACUUUGCACAGAGCUUUGGGAAGUCGUUAGUGUGAAAGGAGGGCGCUAGAUAGAAAUACAUUUGUAUUGUAUGGGUGCCUGCUGAACAUCACACUGCUGCUCCGUGCUGUAGUGACUUUCUUAUAUAAUCUGGACUUGACUAUUCUGAAGCAGAUGACGGUGAUUUAUCAGCCUCUAAAAUCUCUUGGCAAAACUCAAAUCAGAAAAGGUAUCCUAAGCUUGUUUUCUUGCAGUUUUUGUAUCAUUAACAUUAUAAUCGUUCUCAAGAAAUUAUCCUUUGCAACCAUAUAAUAUAUAUA